GUUAUUAAGAUGUAAACAACUUAAUACCCAAUGGAUUACUAUACAGUACACUGAUAAAAAGUUUGUAGGUUAGAAUAAAAUGUGUUAUGUAAUACAAUAUAAUUUAAACUAUUAAUUAUGUUAUUUUUUAAUAUCAGGUAAAUAAUAAAUAUUUGGUCAAUACUAAAAUUAAUUAGAAGAAGAUAAUUUUGUUCUAAUCGUAAAUAAUUAAUCUGAAUUAGAUCAGUCCUUGACCUUUGAAGCAUUUAUCUUACACACAUUUCGAUGGUUAAUCAUUUUUAAUUUUUUGAUUAAUACUAAGUCACAACUAGUUGAAUAUUUAAAAGUCAGUGUUAAAUAUUCUUAAUCCAUCCAUUAACACAAAAUGUCCAAUAAAUUUGUGUCUAUCAAAGAUUAUGAAAACUAUGCUGUUGGUACAUUGCCACGGACUGUUCUUGGAUAUUAUCAAAGUGGGGCAUGCGAUGAGUACACCCUUUCAAUUAAUAAUAAAGCAUUUAAUAAAUUGCGCAUAGUACCACGGAUGCUACGUGAUGUACGAAAUAGAGAUUUAAGCAUCAUCAUUCAAGGUGAUAGAGUGAAUGUACCUAUAGGUAUAUCUCCUUGUGCAAUGCAUAAAAUGGCUCAUGAAGAUGGAGAAUGUGCAUCUGCUAGAGCGGCUGGAAAGCACGGUGCAAUUUUUAUACUUUCAACAUUGUCAACAUGCAGUUUAGAAGAAGUUGCCACUGCAGCACCAAACACUGUGAAAUGGUUCCAACUGUACAUCUAUAAAGAUAGGGUUUUAACCACAUCAUUAAUACGAAGAGCUGAAAAAUCUGGAUACAAAGCACUCGUGUUGACUGUCGAUGCCCCUGUGUUUGGUAUCCGAUAUAAAGACAUAAAAAAUAACUUUAGUUUACCAAGUCCGUUGAAGCUAGGCAAUUUCUCUGAAGAACUAUCAUUAAUGAACCAAACUAAUGGUUCAGGCUUGACAAAAUAUGUUAUGAGUCUUUUUGAUGAUCGUUUGGUAUGGGAUGACAUCAAAUGGCUGAAAAGCAUUACAAACCUACCAAUUAUAGUAAAAGGUAUUUUGAGUGCAGCUGAUGCAAAAAUUGCUGCCGACUUGGGAUGUGAUGGUGUAUUUGUUUCCAACCACGGUGGAAGACAGUUAGACACAGCUCCAGCAACAAUUGAGGCUUUGCCAAGCAUUGCACGAGAAGUUGGACAUCGUGUUGACAUUUAUCUCGAUUGUGGCAUAAGGCAUGGAACUGAUGUGUUCAAAGCUUUAGCUCUUGGAGCUAAAAUGGUGUUUUUAGCUCAGCCUAUAUUAUGGGGCUUGACAUAUGAUGGUCAAAAGGGUGCAGAAGACGUUUUUGGUAUUGUUGUUAAUGAAUUUGAUAACGCCAUGGCUUUAGCGGGUUGUGCAUCACUGGAUCAAAUUGAGAAGGAAAUGGUGGUACACAAAUCAGUAUAUUCUAAACUUUAAAUGUAUUGUAACAUUACUUAUACUUCAUUUUUACAUGAAUAGACUUACUAAAAUAUCAUAAGUAUAUAAAUAUGCUAAUAAAUAUUUUUAACUUAUAAAGUUCACAGUA